CGAGGACGACGACGACAACGACGGGGGAGAGCUGGCUGCGUGCGCCGCGACGACGAGCAGCGCGGUGGCGGCUGCUGGUGCGGGGGGCCCGGGCCCAGUUGUUGUUGCUGCUGGAAACACGAGCGCCGGGGUCGCGAGCUGCAGCCAGGGGCCGAGGGCCACGGCUAAUGCAACGAGGCGCAUGCCUUACCUCGGGCCCGACAUGACCACCACGACCCGGCUGUCCGCCAUGUUUUACACGGUCGAGGUCGGGGACACCAAAUUCACCAUCCUCAAGCGCUACCAGAACCUCAAGCCCAUCGGCUCCGGGGCCCAGGGCAUCGUCUGCGCGGCAUUUGAUACCGGGACGGCACAGAACGUGGCGAUCAAGAAGCUCUCGAGGCCUUUUCAAAACGUCACGCAUGCCAAGAGGGCGUACCGAGAGUUCAAACUCAUGAAACUGGUCAACCACAAAAAUAUAAUUGGGCUCUUGAACGCGUUCACGCCGCAGAGGACCUUGGACGAGUUUCAGGACGUUUAUCUCGUUAUGGAGCUCAUGGACGCGAAUCUCUGCCAAGUGAUUCAGAUGGACCUGGACCACGAGCGCAUGUCCUACUUACUUUACCAGAUGCUCUGCGGCAUCAAGCACUUGCAUUCCGCCGGAAUCAUACACAGGGACUUGAAGCCUAGCAAUAUCGUAGUGAAGUCCGACUGCACCUUGAAGAUAUUGGACUUUGGUCUGGCGAGAACGGCCGGCACGACCUUCAUGAUGACGCCCUACGUCGUCACGAGGUACUACAGGGCGCCCGAAGUCAUUCUCGGCAUGGGUUACAAGGAGAACGUCGACAUCUGGUCGGUUGGCUGCAUCAUGGGCGAAAUGAUACGCGGCGGUGUUCUCUUCCCCGGCACCGACCACAUCGAUCAGUGGAACAAAAUCAUUGAACAACUGGGAACUCCGGCGCCGGAAUUCAUGCAGAGAUUGCAGCCGACUGUGAGGAAUUACGUGGAAAACAGACCGCGUUAUCCCGGCUACCCGUUCGAGCGGCUAUUCCCGGAUGUCCUCUUUCCCUCGGACUCAUCGGAACACAAUCGGUUAAAAGCGAGCCAGGCCAGGGAUCUGUUGUCCCGCAUGUUGGUCAUCGAUCCGGAACGGCGUAUCUCCGUCGACGAUGCUCUACUUCAUAAUUACAUAAAUGUUUGGUAUGACGAGGGCGAAGUCAACGCUGUGAGUACAUUGGUAUUUCAGCCCGCCCCUGGACCCUACGACCACAGCGUCGACGAGAGAGAACACACCGUCGACCAGUGGAAGGAGCUGAUCUACCAGGAGGUCAUGGAGUACGAGACCAGUCACAACAUCGCGUCCGCGUCGCAGUCGCCCGACACAGCUGGCUCCCGGUAGACUCGCGCGACCUUUGUCAGACCGCAGAAUCGGCAUCAAACAGUAGCAACGUUAAUGAGAAAAACACGCCCUCUCUCACUGGGCGUUGCUCCCGCAGUGCCCCCGAGGCCCCCCCGGCCAAAAGUCAACAGAAUGCUACCAGUCCCACCGAAUGUUUAAGACACUCGGAGAAUUACCUAAUAUACCAAUAAUCGUGAUGAUGUGUGUAAACGAUUCCCUUUGUCCGCUUCGCGUGUACAGUUUGUAAGCCGAUCAAAUCAAUCAAUCGCAGGAGUGGAUUCCGCCGACGGCGAGUUUUACCUUAGUCAACAACGUUGUCUCUUUCCUCAACGAUCGUGCAAUUUUUGCUUCUCCGAAUUUCGUUUAACCCUUUAACCUCCGAUAACCGUGCAAUACUCUACGCGUUUUUUCGUUUCUUUGAAUCAGGAUCGCGUUCGUAUCUAUGUCGUUCCGUCGGCGCAAUCAUCCUGACGUCGUUUGCGGAGGUAUUAACUGAAAGUUCCCCGUUGGUCCAAGAGAUUAGAAAAUAGUCACGGGAAUGCUAAAGUUAUAGAUAAUAUAUAGCCUUUGAAAGGCCUUUUGGCGCCGAUAUCAAGAUGUAUACGUAUGCAUUUAUAUAAUCAGCUGUUACAUUUUCAACUCGGCGCAUUUUUUCCAGUUUUACCAUGUUUGUUUCGUUUAUCUUUCCUGUAGACGAAGAAUUGUAAUUCAAACGUAAUUCACGAUAGGUACAUGUACUUGUGUGUACCUAUGUAACGAAACCGACGCGACGUUGUCUGUCAGUGCUCGAGAUCUCAAGUUUAAGUGGACGAUUUAAGACUACUGUAACAAUAAGUCGUGUUGUUACCUUGCAUAGGUAGUAAUGAAAUUAUCAUUUAUCACUAUUAUACACUAUUAACAGUACUAUAAUGUAACGUAAAUUACGACAAAAGAAAAAAAGAUAAAUAAAAUAAGAUCAUAGCACCAUUUACUAAUUAUGUAUUGUAUACUCUCUGUAUCGUGAAGCGAGCAAUGUAAAUAUUUUGAAAGAGGCAUGAGUAAUAGAUAGUGCGGAAGCAAUUUGUCAGAUCAAGUCACUCUGGCAUGUGUGAAACCGGAGGUUGCAGGCUUUUGAUCCAAAAGAAUAAUAAUAUUAAUAAUGAUUGUGAGGAAGAAAGAAAAAGUCAAGAAACACGUAAUGAAAAUAAUAAUGAAACACCCUGUAUUUUUAUACAAGAGCGUGUUUUCGAUAAAACUACGUCCAAGUACUUUAAACAAAUUUUAAAAAUAAUAAUAGUAUAAGAGCCUGCUGACGCGUAUCUGUUAAUGGUCGGUCGCAUUUUACGUCGUAAGUUGUGUAAAUUUUACCGAAUCUGCGCGCGUUUGCGUAAGUUAUUCUUUGCCACAGAAGCUGAGAAAUAAGAAAUAAUAGUAAUAAUAAUGAUAACAAUAAUGAUAAUAAUGAAUAAUCGAAGGAAAUAUAAUCCGAGGCAAGUUAAAUAGCUCCUCGAUAAUGUCAGCAGCAGCAACUUGCUCCGCGCAAAUCAGAAUCGUAUCCAAGCAGAAAGAAAAUAUACUCGACAAGAGUGUCUAGUCUCUGCAAAUCGUCGUGGUUCUAUGUAGUUAUAUCUCGGGUUUUUGUUAACUGUGUCUGUAGAAAAAUGUAACUUGAACUGUACCUUCCUUACCUUUUAGUCUCUCACUCUCUCACUCUUUAUCUCUGUCACUCUAUUUUGAUCUUUCUCUAUCUCUCAACUUUCUAUAGUUUCAAUCCGUAAUCGACACACAACAGUGAUCUUCUGUAAAUGCGAAAGAGAAAAAAAUAUUUCUCUCGAGUGCCAUGCAUUUUUUUAAGUCGUGUUUUUCAAGUUGAGGCUUAUUUUUUUGUUUUUGUCUUUUAUAAACCUUACUGUUAAAAACACUAAAAUAAUGAUAAAAUGAAGUCAGCAGUAGUCAGACACGACAUUCGUGCCAUGAAGACUGUUAUGUAUACUCACGAGGAAUGUUACGUUGUCGAAAAAAAAAAAAAAAAAAAAAAAGAAAAAGAAAAAAAAAAGAAAACUGGUGUAGGCUUAAUUAGAAAUUGCAAUAUUAUUUUCAAGUAAUUAAGUGUAUAAUGUAGAAUACGUAGCGACAAAAGAUUUAAACAAGUAGUUAGUUAAUUAGCAAACGUACGUAGUUAAAAAAUAGUAAAAGAGGCAGAGAGAACGUGGAUGAAUGUAAACAUGAGAAAUAACAAGUAGAUGAGAGAAGAAAGGAGAGCGAGGGGAUGAGAGAGCGACAAAAAUAGUAAUUAAAAAAAACUUAAUAAAUAAAUAAAGAAAAGUGAACGAUAUCAUACGAAAAAAUUGAUGCAUGUUGUGAGAAAAUAUAGAGAAAAAAAAAUUUUGUCGUGCAAUUUUUGAGAAGUAUGUUGAAAAAUACAAUGGUUUGUCUAUGCAUCAUGUGCGCUCGUGUUGAUGAUUAUGAUGUUAGUAUUGAUAUUAAUGGAUGAUGGUGGAAGCCUGAUUUAAUGAGCCCAUUGGUACGUUGCAUCCAAAAUUUGAUUAAAUCAGCCUUCUGAUGAUUUAAAGUAAUUUGAGUGUGAAACGCACCCCGAUAUGCUUAGUGAAUUAGGCCCCAAAGGUGAUGGUUAGUGGUGGUGGUUUCGAUGAUGAUGAUUUAAGUUUGUAUGGGCGCGAUUGAGAAAAAAAACAACAAGAAAUUAUGUAAACAUUGCGAACGUUGAAUUUUUAUUUUUCACGACGAUAGUUAUGUGAAUAUAUUGCUACAGUCCGAUCCAAAUAAUCAAGCUUUUGUAACACUCGAUAUAAUAAAGUAACGAUUAUACUGCUA